UGCACACUGGCAACUCCACAGCCAUUUUGCAUUUUAGAUUUGUGUUUUUUGUAAUUUUUAAGUUUUUCACCGCAUUUAACCACUUACUUAGAGUGCUGGGACCCGGUAGCCAUGUCGCGCGCACUGAUGAGCGAGGAAGGGAUCGAGGCGCAUGUCUUCGAGCGCUCCAAGUUCUGGUCGAGCGUGAUGAAGGAUUUAUCCAUCUUGCCCGAGGGCCGGGAACUGGAUGUGUCCCAGUUCGAUUCCUUGUUCGAGGCCGAGGUCGAGGUCGAUAACUGCAACCAGCAGGACGAGGAGGAGGAGGCCAAGGAGAACAGCGAUGCGGACGCCAAGCUGGAAGUGGGCCGCAUUAACGCCACCAGCGUGGCGGAGCUCACGAUGAUCCUGUGCGAGGACAGCAACGACAAGGCCGAUAUGGAGGAGAUUUUCAAUCAGACCGUGCCCGUCGUCGAGGAGCACAAGCGCAAGUGGCGGGAGGCGGGGCUGGAACGGAUUCUGGAAACCUUCGAUGAGGAGCAGAUCGAACAACAUGUGGGCCACUGGAUGCGGCGCCACAACAGCGUCUAUGUGAAUGCUGAGCCACCGAAAUACCAUCAACCGCACAGUAACUCCAUUUCGGACCAGAGCGACGAGUCGCUGCACUCCAUCGAUACGGCGCGCUAUAUCCAGCAGAGUCGCCGGCGGAUCGCCCACAUGACCACCAAGAGCCCCAACUUGACCACCAUUAAGAUGUACCGCAAGCACUCGCACAAACGCGACGAACUGAGGGCCAAGUAUGCCUACGAUGACGAGCAGGAGCAUCGCCACCACAUGCAGGCAUUGCUGCAUCGCCGGCGCGAGAAGGAACGCAAGCUGGCCUAUCUGGCUUCCACCCCUAUGCACUGCACAUACUCAAGUGGCCAUCAUGUGAGACGCAAGCACCUGCGCAAGCGGCGCAACAACUCCUGGGUCUUUGAAUCGUCGUCCGACAGUGAGGAUGAUCCAUCAUUCGGAGGCUGCGGCUGCCACACCUGCCGCAGACAUCAGACCCUGUCCAGGACUGCCUACCAGUACUGUCCGUAUGGCAGGGACCAACGCGAGUACCGCCAUCGCCAGGCAGCAUCGCGAACCAUUCGAACAAUGCGCCGCCAUCACACCUUCGACAUGGAGAUGGACCUGCGACCAAGGCUGCCGGAGAACGAGUGCAGCUGUUGCAACAGCGACCGCCUCUGCUCCGAUUUCGUCCACAUAGCCAACAGCUCCACCGAGGAGUGGGUGGUGGAGAACCGCAGCAGUCCCUUGCUUGUGGGGAAGACGAGCAAAACCAGGAAGAACAAGAAGGUGGUGGCGGUUAGUCCGCCAUCCGUUCGGUCCAAGUGCCUUAAGCAGAGAAUACUGAAAACCAAGACGUCCUCUACUUCUAAGUUGCCUACAACUAAAGCUAACUACAUUUUUGAUAGUGACAUUUCCGAAGAAGAAGCCAGAAGACCAAGGAUAUGCCAUUCGGAGCGAGCGAAAGUGAAUCCAGUUGCACCUACUCUAUUAGCUCCCUCAUCAAGGAAGGCCGCAAAGAAGGCUGUUGCAAUGCACCCCAAGAGUUUGCCAGAAAUCAAGGAGGAAGAGCCUACUCCUUGCUGUUAUAAAAAAGUGGACAUUCCGGAAAGCGAAACUUCCGAUGAGAGUGAAGGAGAAGUAAAGAAACGAAAACGCAUAUUGAGUUUCUCCGAGGCAGUAGCCACAACACGUGAUAUCCCACACGAGUUAUUAACGGAGCCUAUCCUAAAAGUCCCAACACUUAAUGAAAAAAAAGUAAAGUCCCUUCCAAAACUACCAUCAGUUGAAAAGGGCAACCAGGCAUUGAUCAAACCGAAAAAAGGUCAUGUUAGUUCAGAAAACGAAGAAGUCAGAUCUAACAGUUUAAUCGAGGAAGCUGCACAAUUCACAGAAAAAAAAGCUGAUUCAAACACAGAACCAGUAGAAAAUGGAGCAAACAAAAACACAGUGGAGAUAUAUGCGUCUCCCUUGAUCACAGAAAAGGAAACCCCUUUAAAGAAAAAACCUAAAAGCCUUGUUAAAAGCGAUUCAACCGAAACAAUCGAUGAUGAAGUCGUGGAACGGAAACGCACUGUGAGUUCUGCCGUGGCCAAUACGAAAACUGCCAAACAGAAAACGAUCACUUCCUUGCCAAAAGAAUCUAUCAGUACCAAGACCCCGGAAGUGAUGUGUUGUGAUUUAAAGGAAGAACGACCAGUUAAAUUGAGGGGAAGGCCGAAACUGACUUCAAAAAGUAAAACUAAAAAGACGACUGCUUCGGCAGUCAAAAAGGCUAGGCCCAACUCGGCAAAAACGAAAUCGGCUACUGCUCAGGUUCAGAAAUUGCCGCAAAUCACUGAGGAGGCGCCCAACCUAUCUCCCGAUUCACAAACAGACAAAGAAGACGAAAAAGAAGAAAACAAUGAUAAGAAUGGCAUUCCACUGGAUUCAGAAGAGGAGCUGCAAAUGGCAUUGGCUUUGUCGAAAGCCACAUUCAAGAAGGAGCAACAGAAGCUCCGGAAAACAAAGAGACAGGCUUCAACCGAGCUAACGAACUCUCCUGCUGAAGAAUCGCUGGCGGUAUUUAACAAUCAAAGCGUGGCGUGUAACUCCACGGCUGUGGCCAACGACACGGCUUGCAAGCGUGUGCUGCCCAAGAGACGGGCGGUCAAAAGGGUGGCUGCCGUGAGCACCACAGAGGAGCAGACAAGUUCCCCAACGGGUACGACGGCGGAAGAGGCCAGCGCCACAGGUGGCGAUCCAGACUGCACGGUGGUGACGUCCACCACUUGCUGUGAACCGUCCGCAAGCGAGCCGAAACCAUCGCCCAUCAAGCUCACCAAGCGGGGCAUUCUGCUGCACAGCUCCUCGGAACCGGGAGCGGACAACUUUACGCUGACCGAGCAGGGACUCGGGAAGAUUAUUGGCGACCGUUGGGCCCGCAAGUACCUCAAAUACCACAUCGGCAGCCGUAGCUUCGACAGCCGUCACUCGGUUUACUAUCGGCCCACGCCUCAGUUGGCUGCUGCUCUGACUGCUCCGCAGGAUGCGCAGAGCCUCGCCAAUAUGUCGAGCUCCAGUGCCAGCGAUGAUGACAUCUUCGACCAAAUUAACCGCUACGGAACGGUGUACAGCGUGCUCGAGAAGAAGUCUGGGGACAAGUAAUGCUUAAGUUUAUGCUACAAUUUUUAUCCAUACGUUAGUUCAGUUUAUAUUCUACACAAUGGUUCACAAUGCGGUGUUAAACACGUACGUUUUUACAAGUAUUAGAAACGUCGUUGUAGUUUAUUUUUUAAGUUUUGAUUUAUUUCACGUAAAUUACAUGAUCGAUAGUGAUAAUAGAAAACAUAAUACGUCAUAAUCAUCAUAAAUUUUCGCUUAAGUAUUAAAUAAUUGUUUAAGAGAUUUAUUCGCAUUGCAAUAGUAAUUUUUGUGUGUCGCAGCUGUGUUUUAGUUCGUUUCCAUUAAGUUUAUCAAAAUUCAUAUCGGCUAUUGUUAAUUUUAUGUAUUCACAAGAAAACAAAUAAAAACGUAAGAUCAAUUUAAAGAGUGAAAA